AUGUCUUCUUCACUGCAGGCCAGCCCGCAGUUGAGUCCUCCGCAGCUUGGAAGCCAGUACAUGCAUCCCCCCGCGUCGAACGGCCAGCAGUAUCACUCGUCUGGAUCCCCUCUGUCACCAGUACAAUACCCCCAUGGAGGAGACGGCGCGGGCUACAAUGAAAACACUCCAGGCUCGCAGCGUCUGCAUCCAUCUGCUGCUUCGCCGGGGAUGAGUGGCAGUCAGGAUUACGCAUCACCAGUCACUCCACCAGGCAAGGCUGCCUCCGCCAGCCCGCGAGCCCGGUCAGGAACCGCUGAUAAUAGUAAUACCUAUGGAAACCCUCCCGUUCCUCCACCACGCUCCUCGUCCAACAACAAGGCCCAGGCCCAUAUCAGUCCGCAGGAAGCCUCUUCCAGACAGGGAAAGCGUCGAGAGAACGGCCGGAACCGUGGUGACAGCCAGCAGAGAGCCAAGGAUGAUAUGAGCCCUCCCAGCAACAAGCCCCGCCGUAAGACUCCCCAUUCGCCAGAGGGCCCCCAGAGAGCCGCGAGCACACGAGAGCCGAGAGACUACUCUUCAGUCGGCGCCCUCGAGAGUCGAUCUGAAGCUGCCAUGGGCCCCAGCUCUAUUCCAACUGGGCCUGUGCAUGAACCAAGUGUCGUGCUCGAUCGUAUGAUCGUGACGAACCCUGACAUUGAUAUUGCGCGGGCACAGCAGCGCCAGGAGAAUGUACAUAUUGAUGCCAGACAUGCCGCUGCCGCCGGAUACCCAGAUGAAGGAGACCCGCAAGAAGAUGAGGAUGAAGGAGCAAACAUCCCCAAGAGCAGACAUGAUACCUCCAGCGGGAAACGAAAGGAAACCUCCUUUGGUGACUAUAUCCUCGGCCAGACCCUCGGAGAAGGUGAAUUCGGCAAAGUGCGACUUGGCUGGAAACGAGAUGGCAGCGUACAAGUUGCCAUCAAGCUGAUCCGCCGCGAGACCCUGGGCACCAAUCCUGGCCGUCUGCCCAAGAUCAACCGCGAGAUAUCUGUCCUGAAGAAACUCUCUCACCCAAACAUUGUCCGCAUCCAUGAAAUUGUCCACACGGACCGGCACAUUGGCAUCAUCCUCGAGUACGCCUCGGGUGGUGAGCUCUUUGACUAUAUUCUUAACCACCGUUACCUAAAGGACAACGCCGCUCGCCGCCUGUUUGCACAGCUAGUCUCUGGAGUAGGCUACUUGCACAAAAUGGGCAUCGUCCAUCGUGAUUUGAAACUAGAGAAUUUGCUUUUAGACCGUAACCGCAAUAUUAUCAUUACCGAUUUUGGGUUUGCGAAUACCUUUAACCCCAGUGACGAACUUAGCGAGGAGAUUGAAUACAAUCUCACCAACCGAGACUUUGUCAAGCAGAUGCGCCUUGACCGCACUGAUGCUAACGGACUGAGACGCGGAGAUCUCAUGCAAACCAGCUGUGGCAGUCCCUGUUACGCUGCGCCCGAGCUUGUCGUCAGUGACUCGCUCUACACCGGACGAAAGGUUGAUGUCUGGAGCUGCGGUGUCAUUCUAUAUGCUAUGCUCGCCGGAUAUCUCCCCUUUGAUGACGACCCAGCAAACCCAGAUGGAGAUAAUAUCAAUCUGUUAUACAAGUACAUUGUGACAACUCCUCUCACAUUCCCUGAAUAUGUCACUCCCCACGCCCGUGACCUUUUACGUCGCAUCUUGGUGCCGGACCCUCGAAAGCGUGCCGAUCUCUUCGAAGUUGCCCGUCACAGCUGGCUCGCUGAAUAUGCCUCUGUUGUCUCUCACAUAACAAGCAAUACUACGGAUGUAGCUGACAUUGCAAACACAACCGUUCCUUCAGAAGAAGAAAAGCGAGACACGCCACUUCUCGAGCGUAGUGCAUCUGUUCGAGAGCCGCCAAAGCCUCAUCACGUCCAGAACAACACUACUGUUCUCGGUGGGCUUACCCAGCAGCCGGGGCAGGUGUCACAGACGCCAGAAGAAAAACCCAAGCGGACCCGAGAUGCUAAACGUAGAACCGUUCAGGUUGAAUACGUUGCUCCUCAAUCCUCAACUACCAGAGGUGGUUCCACCCCCGACCAGCAAAUCUCGCCCGGUCAACCAUCGUCCGCUGCUCCAGUUCAAGCUCCGACUGCAGCUCCUGCAGUCGCUCGUACAUCCGCCGCGUCAACUGGCGCCAUCAGAGGCGAGCCUCAGCUUGACAAGCCGCUUCCUAAGCCCGUUAUUGAUCGUAACCGUGAAAGAAUGGGCUAUACCAACAAUUAUGCGGACCGCAAUCAAGGAAGACCCCAGACCGGAGGCUCCAUGGCUUCAGCUGGCCGAAUGGAGUCCCGGAUGCCCUCCCGAGGGUCUUACAGUCAACCUGUUGCACCCGCCGUUGCCGCUACCAACGUACAAGGGAAGCUGGCACAGCCAAAGAACGGCAAGGCAUACAACAUCUCAGGCCCCAUACCAGCAUCGCAUGGCCAGAUUUCCGCUUCCGUGGGCCAUCCAACUACCGUUUCUGGUGCUCCAACUGGACCGGCUCAGCAACCACCAAAGAGCCACAAACGAUCGAGCACUGUCACCAGCAUUAGUGAGAAACUCUUUGGAAGACCAGCCUCCUCAAUUUUUGGUGGUAAAUCUUCUACCCCCGGUUCACCUCGUCUGAAACAAGGAGGAAAGCGUUAUCCUCCUACCAGCAUGAAGGACCCUUACGCGUCGAUGGACGAGCCACGCGUAUCCGUUGACUCUAGGCGCUCAAUCUCCCAUGCAUUUAGGAGACAGAGUGAUGCCCAUAAUGUUGCUCGUCCUCGCCGAUUUUCCCUUCUCCCCUCAUUUUCAAAGUUUUCCUCAAACAAGGAGCAACAGGGCGCUGAAGAGCCUAGUCCCGCUAACGUUGAUGACUUCCUUUACUCCCAACAAGCCGAACAACAACCACAGCAGCCCCAGCGAGAGCGGCGCCUAUCCACUGCCCCGGCAGCUGUACCUGCUGAUACGCACGCAGCAAUCAACGAUCAAGAGAGCGACAUGUAUAAAGACCGAGUUUCCGUGUCUAGAGACCAUCAAAUUGAUGCCAUGAACUUGUCUGCUCAGAUUGAUCGUCAGUUCGCUAAUUUGCACAGCAGCCGGGAAGGUCAGAUCAACAAUGCCUUCGACCCUACUUAUCCGCAAACCCAUAAUUGUGAUGAUCAAAUGUUCGGCAUUGCAAGCUCAUCUCAGCCACUCGAACAGCAAGGAUACCACGAUGCUCAAUCUCAAGGUUUCGAUCAAGACCACCAACCACCGCAGCAGUACGAUCAUCAGUUUGAGAACGGCUCUCGCCCAUCAAUGCAAGCCGGCCGAGCGCCGCGAAGCAACGUUCUCCAGAAAGGUCACCGCAAGUUCGCUGAUGCUUAUGAAUUCGAGCAGACUCCUUCACAUACCUCUGGAAGCUCGGGGGCCGCGAGAAAGGUGAUGGAUUUCUUCAGACGACGUGGUAAAGCCAGAGCCGGCGAAGAACGGUAG